CUCUUGGUACCAGUAUCAUAUAUGAAUGAGAAGUCGAUCCUGAAGUAGUAUAUCAUGAACCUGCUACACAGGCCUGAGGACCUGAGUUCAGAUCCCCAGCACCCACAUCUCUGUAAUCUCAGAAUUAUAGAGGGGGACACAAGAUCCCUAGAGCUUACCUACCAGAACCACUAAGUUCUAAGCUCAGUGUGAGACUCUUGUCUCUGAAAAUAAGGUGAACGAUUGAGUACACCCAGUGACCUCUGGCUUUCACAUGCACGCAUAAAGGCAUGUAUUCACACACAUGUUCACACACAUAUACAUACAUAUACCUCACACAAAGUAGUAAAUCAGUAAUGAAAUGAGUAUAGUAUCCAUCCUAGUGCCUAAUUUUGCCUGAACCACCAUUUCCCCUUUGUUUUGUACAGUGUUUUUUUAUUAGUAUUUAUUAUAAUUAUUUUGUAAAGUGAAUGUUUAGAUUCAGACUAUAAAAUAGUAGUGUAAGUCUCUCAGAAAUCAAAAUUAUAGCUAAAAAGUUGUAAGAAUCUCAAAAGCAGCCUUUUCUUCCAGCCGCCAUGCUUUAUUUUCUUCCUGACAGUAGCAAGGUUAUAAAUGAAACUUGUGAACAGCUAAUUGUUGGUAAAGAUGAGAAGAACAAGAAGGGAAUACCAGACAAAGCAAGUAAAAAUCGGAGGGAAACAGCAGCCAUUUAAAGUUUUGGCAACUGAAACUCUAAGUGAAAAGGCGUUAGAUGCAGAUGUAUACAGUGCUAUUGCAACAGAAAAAGUGGAUGGAACAUGUUGUUAUGUUACUAACUACAAAGGUCAGCCAUACCUUUGGGCUCGACUAGACAGAAAACCUAACAAGCAAGCUGACAAAAGAUUUAAAAAAUUUCUACAUUCAAAAGAAAGCUCAAAAGAGUUUCUUUGGAACACUGAGGAAGAUUUCAAACCUGUCCCAGAGUGUUGGAUACCAGCAAAGGAAAUAGAACAACAGAAUGGGAAACCAGUACCUGAUGAAAAUGGACACAUUCCUGGUUGGGUACCCGUGGAAAAGAACAGCAAACAGUACUGCUGGCAUUCGUCUGUAGUGAACUACGAGUUUGGAAUUGCCCUGGUACUACGGCAUGAUCCUGACAAGCCUGGACUUUUGGAAAUCAGUGCCGUGCCCCUGUCAGAGCUCUUAGAGCAAACCCUGGAGCUGAUAGGAACAAAUAUCAAUGGGAACCCAUACGGGCUAGGAAGCAAGAAAUGUCCAUUGCACUUUCUUAUACCCCAUGGAGCACUCCAAGUAAGAAAUGUGCCUAUGCUGAAGCACAAUGACUUGCUGUCCUGGUUUGAAGACUGCAGAGAGGGUAAAAUUGAAGGGAUCGUGUGGCACUGUGCUGACGGCUGUUUACUUAAGGUCCAUCGCCAUCAUCUUGGUUUAUGCUGGCCACUUCCAGAUACUUAUAUGAAUUCCAAACCAGUUAUUAUUAACAUGAACCUGAACAAAUAUGACUGUGCAUUUGAUAAUGAGUGUUUGUUUAAUCGGUUUUCAAAAAUAGAUAAACAGAAAUUUGAUAGGCUUAAAGAUAUAAUACUUGAUGUAUAAAAUGGAAAUAUAGUUAGAAUUAUUGCAAACAGUCUGCUAUUUUACAGAGGUUAAAAUAACUCAAGGAUCUAUUUAACUUUGCUAGGUAUUUGGCAAAACAUGUAUAAAUUCUAAACAUUUAUGUAUCUGUAUUUAAAGAAACCAUGAGAUUUGAAUAUCUUAACACAAAAAUAAAUAUAAAAUAAUUCCAUCUGAAACUUCCAUUUUAAAUGGUAAAAUUGUUAAGCUUACCUUUAUGCUUUUAGAAAAUUUAAGACAUUAUGAAAAUAGGGAUAUCUAUCAUAGCUCAUUGUGCACUAUAGUCAUAAAUUAUUCAUGUCUUCAAAAAUAUACUUUUCUACCAAGUUAAAACUAAAUAUGAUUUUAUUUUUAAGCAAAAAUACAGUAUUUUGAGAUGAAUUCUAUAGUUCAGAGACUUCUUGAUUUCCAGCUGAAACUUUUAAAUUUAUAAAAUAGUUUUAAAUCUACAAUUAAAUGUGGUCUUUAAUAAAUAGGGAAACUAUUAGGACUUUCUUCUCUAUCUUCUGUCUGUUCAGAAGCUGCAACAGGGCUAGGUAAUUCAAAUCCAAAUUGUUCGGAAAGUUUUUGUAACUUCUCUUCUAAUAGAAUAUUUUUUUUCACUUCUUCCUUAUAAUUGUACUUCAGGUCUUCAAUUUCUUCAAAAAAUGAAGGAUCAAAAUUUUCCAGUUCUUUUUUCAGCUUUUUAAUUUCCUCCUGAAAGUCACAUGUAGAAACACAUAUUUUUGGUUUGACAUUUAGGAGCUUUGAUUACAAACAUGAAAACCCAAAUAACCCAAACAGUAAAAUAUCAAGAAAAGUAUUGAAGACUUUUGUUAACAGGUUCCAUUGUACCAUAUGAGUAACUUAGCAGUGGCCACUUCUGACUCAAGUUCAUGAGUGCUUCCAUAGCUUUGGGAUAAUAGAAUCUUUCUCUGAACUGCCUCAGAUAGUCUCAGGGAGGCAAGCAAAAGGGACUCUGCUCUUCACUACACUGAAGUUCCUGUCUUCAGAGUUUUCAGUAUUUUCUUUACAGUUCUAACUUUUUUACUUUUAUAAAUAAUGUUUAUGAUCAUGGGAAUCCCGGGACUUGUAAAAGUCAAGUACCCGGUGAAGGGAAUGUGACCGUGAACGGCUGUUUUCACUACCCAGUGAUGAGGCAGGGCUCACUUCCAGACUCUUGUGCUUCUGGGUCUUAAGGUAGAGCACAGAAAUGUUUUAAGGGAAAGAUCCCUGGACAUAAUUCCAAAAGGUACUUAAAAACACUGUUUCCAACAUGACCCACAAAUUAAAAUAUUUAAAAAACUGUACAUUUGUUAUAAUUUAAAAAUAAAUUUAUUCUCUAGACCUUUCU